GAGUGCUUCGGGAAGUCACGCCUUAAAUGAAGGUGCUUUGGGUGCUUGGGAGCCAGCGAUCUUCUUUCCACCAGUGAAGAUUGUCCGCUCAAUUGAACGACCAUGGCAGAUACCGACAACGAGAAGAGGGAUCUUGAGAAGACCGCGAGUGUGGAUAUCGUGGACCAGAGACUUGUCGAACAGUACGAGCAUGCGAAGGCACAUAUGAACACCGACGAUGCGGACGAUGCCCUCAAGAUAGCAUCAGAACUGACCGAGAUCUCGCCUGAAGAGGAGGCGGCACUCCUUCGAAAGAUCGAUUGGCAUGUCUUGCCCUUGCUCUGCGUGGUUUAUGGUCUGCAAUACCUCGAUAAGACCACUCUGUCAUAUAGCUCCAUUAUGGGUAUUCAGACAUUUGCACAUCUUCAAGGCCAACAAUACAGCUGGUUAGGAUCCAUAUUCUACUUCGGGUACCUUGUUUGGGAAUACCCGACCAAUCGCCUUUUGCAGCGUUUGCCCCUCGGAAAAUACACUUCGUUUAACAUCAUGGUCUGGGGUGCUAUUCUAGCAUGCAUGGCUGGAACGAAAGAUUUUGCUGGCCUCAUGGCGGUUCGUUUUUUCCUUGGACUUUUCGAAGCAUCUGUCUCACCUGGAUUCGCACUUUUCACCAGUCAAUGGUACAAAGUGGGCGAGCAGGGAGCUCGGACCGGUAUCUGGUUCUCCUUCAAUGGAUUCGCCCAAAUAUUUGGUGGUGUUGUGGCAUAUGGAAUUGGCAAGGCUGACGCUGCCGGUCAACUUUCCAUCGCGGGCUGGAAGAUCGUUUUCCUUCUAACAGGACUUCUUACCUUCACUCUAGGCGUUAUUGCCUGGUUUUUUAUGCCCGAUUCUCCGUUAACCGCCUAUUUCCUGAGCCCCCAAGAACGUGCAAUGGCUAUUCAGCGCAUUCGGCUGAAUCAACAAGGUGUUGGGAACAAGCAUUUCAAAUGGUAUCAGGUUAGGGAAGCCUUGACUGAUGUAAAGACAUGGCUGUUCGUGGCAUACAGCUUGAUUGCUGAUAUACCGAAUGGUGGUAUCUCCAAUUACUUCUCCAUUCUCAUUGAAUCUUUCGGCUUCACAUCACUGGAAUCGCUACUGUACGGUGCUCCGGGAGGAGCCAUCGAAGUCGUCACCCUCAUUGGAUUCCUUUGGCUCGGCGACAAGUUCAAACUACGCCUUCUGUUCGGCGCUUGCUCAGAAGCUAUUUCCCUUUUGGGUAUCUUGCUCGUCUAUGCUCUUCCUGAUGAGCUGAAAGUGGGAAAAUUGAUCGGCUACUACUUCACUCAGGCUUCCGCUACCGGUUUCGUGGUCCUUCUCAGUCUCGUGUCCAGCAACGUCGCUGGAUACACCAAGAAGACAACCGUCUCCGCCCUGUACCUCAUCGCGUACUGUGUCGGCAACCUCAUCGGACCCCAAAUCUUCCAGACCAAGGACGCACCCCGAUACACUCCUGCCUUGAUCACAAUUGUGGUCUGCUGGAUUCUUUGCAUCAUCCUGCUCCUUGUUAUCUGGUUCGUGAAUGCUCGCGAGAAUCGUCGCCGCGACGCGUUCAGGAAGAGCCCCGAGUAUGUUCAUGUCCAGAACCAAGAGUUCCUCGAUUUGACCGACGGUGAGAACAUGGACUUCAGGUAUAGGACAUAG